AUGAAUGAGAUUAAUUUGGUAGCUGAGAAAUUCUACGACGUGCUCGACGAGCAGCUCUUAGACAGUGAGAAAUUUCUUGCUAAAAUGGGUGCCCCAACUGAAGAUACCAUUGUUAGUAGAAAACAGUCGGCGAGCGAUCUACAAAGUCGUCUCAAAACGAGAAAGCUGCUCGGUGUGGGAGAGUUGGCAGGAGACAAUGGCGAUGUUUACAAAUCAAAAAUAUCUCAACUUCUCGGAAUCAAUGAAUCACUCUACGUCCGUUUGCCACGAGGAAUGUUCGUAUGGAACACUCUGAACUCUGUCUACUUCCUUCUAAUCGGCGCAAUAUGUCUGUUCCUGCCGCGUUUUGGUCUAUACCUAGACCAUGGAAUCGAAUCAAUUCCAAUCGAAGCAUACGUGAUUGUUCGUUACUAUGGUGUCACGCUGCUGUCCUUUGGAUUGUUGUUCAAAUUCAUCUUGCAACAACGGGAAAAUCGAGCGGACAUCGCACUGCUUUUGUUGGUCACUGCAGUUUUCCAUAUAGUUGUUCUCAUUGUAUCUACUGCUUCCAACGGUACAGUCACUUGGUGGUCCGCGACAAUUCGUCUGAGUCUCAUUCUUGGAAAUUUAUUUUAUCACGCUUUUGUUGACGGCCAAGGAGGACUUCAUCGCCAAUUGAUCCGAGUCAUUGAAGACUCCUCAUACUUCUGCUUAUCGCCGAUCCUUGAAAAGAAAACCACAAUCGGUGUCGUUGAAGACUUGCUCGAAGAUUUUGAAAAAGUCAAAAAGAAUGAAUAA